AUGUGGAGGAAGGUUUUCCUCGUUUCAUGUGUUGUGUUUUGUGUAUUUGCGGUUCUACCGGAUAUCGGUGCUCCAGGAUACUCUUGUGAUGCUAAUCUUAUGAAGAAGAGUAAGAAAGUACCAACAAAUGUGAAUUCAGUGAGACCAGCUGAUAUUAAAGUGAUCAUGGCUCUGGGAGAUUCAUUGACGGCUGCAAACGGAGCCGGAGCUGAAGACCCCGUAGCAGUUGUUCUUCAAUAUCGCGGACUUGCAUUCCAGGCCGGAGGCGAUAAGUCACUUGAAGAGCAUGUCACUAUUCCAAAUAUUCUUAAAAAGUACAAUCCUGACGUUUUCGGAUACUCUAAUGGGAUUGGCUCUCCAAAUGUUUGGGAAAUUGCACGUCUCAAUGUCGCAAUGCCAGGCGCCAACGCGAAGGACCUUCCGGGACAAGCACGACAAUUAGUGUCACUUCUCAAACAGCACACAGAGGUUGUAAACAUGAAAGAUGAUUGGAAAUUGCUGAACAUUUUCAUUGGUGGAAACGAUAUCUGUGGGUACUGUCGCAAGCCAGUGGAGGAUUCACCAUAUAACUGCGCCCAAAACAUCAGUCAAGCUGUUCAAAUUAUCUACGACAACGUCCCGCGUGUGAUUGUUUCAGUUACGGGAAUGUUGCAUCUUGAAAUGCUGCGUCAAACUGAUACCGGUCACUGGUUCUGUCAACGCUUGCACCACGAUGAGUGCGGGUGUGAGAGCAACAAGAACUUCACUGAUGCGGACAUCGCACAGGCCUGCUACGACUACAACACCUAUGAAAAGCAAAUCGAAACCACUGGAACAUUCGAAAGAGAUGAUUUCACUUACGUCGUCCAGCCAAUGUUUAAAGAUACUUUGAUCCCACCAAUGGAAAACGGUAAGCCAUCCCAAAAGUUCUUCGCACCGGACUGUUUCCACUUUUCUCAAUGGGGACAUGCUCUUGUUAGCACUUAUCUCUGGAACAAUAUUCUUCAACCAGUCGGAUCGAAAUCUACCGUAUCGAACAUGUCGGAGCCUCUCUUACCAUUAACUUGCCCUGAUCCGACUUGUCCAUUCAUCAGAACGGCGAAGAACAGUCAGGAUUGUAGCAAGUACAUGACCCCACAUGCGUGA